AUGGCGGUAAAAUCCAAAGAUGGCAUCACACGUGACAUCAUAGACAUGGCGAUGGGCGGCACUUCCGCCAUGUUUGCCACGAUAUUUACAAAUCCAAUAGAAGUCGUCAAAACUCGUCUUCAAUUGCAAGGGGAAUUAGCAGCUAAAGGAAAACACGCGGUGUAUUAUAAAAAUGUUCCCCACGCUCUGUAUGUGGUGGCUAGAACGGAAGGACUCAUUGCCUUGCAAAAUGGCCUUCCUGCUAUGCUAGGGUUUCAAUUCUUUUUGAACACGUUUAGAUUAGGAGUUUACCGUAUAUCGGAACGUCGUGGUUUGACUAUAGUCGACGGCCGUACAUCUUUCGUACGUGGCGCUAUCGCAGCAGGUGUGGGGGGAGCAUUAGGUUCUAUCGCUGGAACACCGUUCUUUCUCGUAAAGACUAGAUUACAGGCUCAAGCCACUAAAACAAUAGCUGUAGGACAUCAACAUAAACACAGCGGGACAUUUAAUGCGUUGCGUGAUAUUUAUAAAAUGGAAGGGGUUAAAGGUCUUUUUCGAGGAGUGGGUCCUCAAAUCCCACGAGGGGCGGUGGGUAGUGGCUCUCAAAUGGUCAGUUUUACAUACGCCAAAGAAUGGCUCCAAAAUAAAGGAUAUAUACAAUCGCCAUUACUUUUGUCCUUUAUGGGCGCCAAUUUAGGUGGCAUUGUUAUGACGUUUUGUCUCAACCCAUUCGAUGUUAUUGCUACAAGACUGUCUAACCAACCUGUGGACGCCAAUAACCGAGGCAAGCUGUAUCGUGGCAUGACAGAUUGCUUUUUCAAAAUGUUAAAGGCUGAAGGAGCAUCUGCCUUCUACAAGGGUGUAGGAGCUAAUUAUUUAAGACUCGGUCCACAUACUGUGCUUUUGCUCGUUUGUUGGGACCAGUUGAAGAUAUUAGAAGGGUACUUUAGAAGA